AGCAUCUGCUCUGAGCUUAGUUGGGUGUUGGUUACGCCCGACACUACGCCCUGCGGGUACAAAGGGGAUAACAUGGGAUGGGUUAUAGUUUUCUGCGAAGGGGGGAUUAUGGAGGUGGUCUGACUUUAUAUAAGCUUUUGGUACGCCCCGUUUGUUUGGGAAUUGGACUUGCUUGGUUUUUCUCUUUCCUUUUUUCUUUUCUUUGUACUGUACUGUAGUGUACUUGCGUAACCUAUACCUGAGACCACAGCAGCUCUUCGAUUUUAAGGUUCAACGCCCUGCAGAAUUUUUGUGGAUUUAGCACUUUUUUUUUUCGCCCUCGGAGGAUUGAUUGAUUGAUUGAUUAAUUGAUUACAAGGGGACGGUUUCCCAACGUUUGGUUUAUCGAAUUGUUAGAGAUACAUACCCAUCCGGCUUUUUUGAAGACGAAAUUCCUCCCUUCCAGAUCACGCAAGAAACCGAACGAACAAACGCCCCAUACAGCGAAAGCAACCCUCCAAACGAGAACGAAAAAAAAAAAAACCCCCCCCCACCCCGAUUCCACACAAUGAAGACAAAAAGACUCUUCAUCAUCACCCCCCUCCUCCUCCUCUCCACCCCAACCCACGCACAAUCGCAAUCCUGCUACUUCGCAAACGGCACCCUCGUUCCCCAGCGCUUCAACAACAUCCCCUGCGCAUCAUCCAACCCAAACGUCCCGACAAUCUGCUGCGCGCUCACGCGCACCAGCGGCUGGCCCAACGAUGUGUGCCUCGACAACGGGCUCUGCCAGAACGACUUCCAGACGAGCGACGGGCGCAACAGCACGCGGUACUGGCUGAAUUUCUGCACCAACGCGGAUGUGACUAGCAGCGAGUGUUUGGAUGUGUGUCGGGAGACGCGGAAUAGCGGGGGCGGCAGCAUCAUGACGCCGUGCGAUGGGACCAACGAGAGCGAGCGGUGGUGUUGUGGGGAUAAGACGGAUUGCUGCGAGUCGAAUGUCGGGGUUGUUACUUUGCCGAAGAAGUUUGUUGGGAAGGCUGUUGUUUCUUCGUCUGAGGCGGCGGCGCCAAAGGGUACGCCUUCUUCUUCUUCUUCUUCUUCUUCUUCUUCUUCUUCUUCUUCUUCUUCUUCUUCGUCGACUACGGAUACUGCGGUGUCUUCUUCUGCGACUGCGACGGCGUCGUCUGGCUCCGACGACCGCACGUCCUCGUCGCCGCUUCCGCCUUCUUCAUCCGAACCCGUUGGACUGUCGUCUGCUCUGAAAGCCGCGAUAGGCGUUAGUAUAGCGCUUGGUGUGCUUGUUCUGCUCUCCGCGCUCUUCUUCAUCCGCAAAGCGCUUGUUUGGAAGAAGAAGGCGGCUUCCGCUGCUGCGAGAUCGAGGAGGUUGGAGCAGGAGACGGUGUACGCGAAACAUGCGCCUGUGGUUUAUGCGUGCGAGGCGCCGGGGAGUACGGGGUUUGUGGGGGAGAUGGGGGAUUCGAGGGUUCUGGGGCCCGUGGAGAUGGGUGGGGAGGGGAAGGCGGUCGAGUUGCCGGGGUAUGAUGCGGGGGUGGAGUGGAAGGGGAGGGUUUGA